ACCAUGUACUUUAAUAAUAGUGUGGCAGGUACAGUUGGUUGCCUAAGACUAUUCUCCCUCCUUAUUCCAUCUUCACUAACAGGACCUUGAUUUUUUUCAGGUACCACAUGUCAGGUGGCCAAGCCCUUGAGGGUAGAGAAGAAAGAAGAACUCAAGUCCUGGAUGAUGGUGUUGAGCACCUGAACUGUAGCUGUGGAAGCAUUCUUUUCUGAAUUUCAUUUAAUUCUACAGAGGACAGCCAUCAUAGCAUUGGACCUCUCUGGACUGGGAAUCAAUCAUCAUGAGCAAAGGCACAGAACUGAGAAGAUGGGACAAGAGCAAGUCAGGAUGGUUUAGCACCCUGCCUAUCUGGCUGGUUCUUCUACUGCAACACCAUGAUGGGGCUGCCCACAAACUGGUGUGUUAUUUCACUGACUGGGCACAGAGUCGACCAGGCCCUGCCUCGAUCUUUCCUCGUGACCUGGACCCCUUUCUCUGCACACACCUGAUAUUUGCCUUUGCCUCAAUGAACAACAGUCAGAUUGUUGCUAAGAAUCUCCAGGAUGAGAAAAUUCUCUACCCAGAGUUCAACAAACUAAAGGAGAGGAACAGGGAGCUGAAAACACUGCUGUCCAUCGGCGGGUGGAACUUUGGCACAUCAAGGUUCACCACAAUGUUGUCCACAUUUACCAACCGUGGAAAGUUUAUUGCUUCAGUUAUUUCCUUCCUGAGGACACAUGGCUUUGAUGGCCUUGACCUUUUCUUCUUAUACCCUGGACUGAGAGGCAGCCCUGUAGAUGACCGGUGGAAUUUUCACUUGUUAAUUGAAGAGCUCCUGUUUGCCUUCCAAAAGGAGGCACUACUCACCAUGCGCCCAAGGCUGCUGCUCUCUGCCGCCGUCUCUGGGGUCCCAUACAUCAUUCAUUCAUCUUAUGAUGUGCGUCUUCUAGGAAGACUCCUGGAUUUCAUCAGUGUCUUGUCUUAUGAUUUACAUGGAAGCUGGGAAGACUUCACAGGACAUAACAGUCCUCUGUUCUCUCUGCCUGAAGACACCAAAUCUUCGGCAUAUGCUAUGAAUUACUGGAGAAAGCUUGGAGCGCCCCCAGAGAAGCUCGUCAUGGGUUUCCCCACCUAUGGACGUACCUUUCACCUCCUCACAGCCUCUAAAAAUGGGUUGCAGGCCAGAGCGAUGGGACCAGCAUCUCCAGGGAAGUACACCAAGCAAGCUGGCUUCUUAGCUUAUUAUGAGAUUUGUUCCUUUGUCCAGGGAGCCAAGAAACACUGGAUUGAUUAUCAGUGUGUCCCAUAUGCCAACAAGGGGAAGGAGUGGGUUGGCUAUGAUGAUGUCAUCAGCUUCACUUACAAGGCAUGGUUCGUAAAGAGAGAGCAUUUUGGGGGGGCCAUGGUGUGGACAUUGGACAUGGAUGAUGUCAAGGGCACUUUCUGUGGUGCUGGCCCUUUCCCCCUUGUCUAUGUACUGAAUCAUAUCCUGGUGCGGGCUGAGAUCAACUCAACUUUACCACAGUUUUGGCUCUCAUCUCCUGUGAAUUCUUCAAGCAUUGACCCUGAAAGGCUGACUAUGACUAAGAUUUUACCCCCAGGAGGAGAGGCUUCAGGCACCAAGAUUAAUAGAAAUUAUGAAAACAUGACUACAAACCCCAUAGGUGGAAUGGUGACUCCUAGAAGGGAAACUAUAUCCUUUGGAAAGCACACUGUAGCUCUAGGAGAGAAGACUGACAUCCCUGAGGGGAAGACUGUGACCUCUGUGGACUAUCAGUCUGUGACCACUAAAAGGCUGACUGUAGACCUUGUGUGUCUUCAGACUGAGACUUCUGGAGAGAAGACCAUGACCCCCAUGGGUCAUCAGUCUGUGACCCCUGGAAAGAUGACUGUGACCCCUGUGCCUUUUCAGACUGAGACCCUUAGAGAGAAGACAGUGCCCCCCCAAAGGAAGCCUGUGGCCCCUGAAAAAGUGGCUGUCCCCCCUAGAAGGAUGCCAGUCCCCCUUAAUAGGCAGAUUGUGCCUCUAAGAAGGAUGUAUUAUUUGGCAUCUAAGGUAGGCCCUUACCCCAGGGUGGGUGACUUGGGCCUUCAGAUGGAAGUUAAAAACAAGAUGCUACCCUACAGCUCUAUCAGCCAGCUCCCAGAAUACAUUACUGUGGCUUGUUCUACUAAUGGGAAUCAUUCCUCUGUUAACUCAAUGUCCCUUCCAACAAAUCUUCCCCCUCUAGAAAAAGAAAACUCUGCUGUGGAUUAAGGAACCUAAGGUCUGUUGGUAGCAUGAUCUGGGGAAAGCCUUUGUCUUUUCUUCUCAGUGAUGUGCAGAAGUUGCCCACCAUUCACAGGGCAAAACAGGCCCAAUGGAUGAAUCUUUUUUCUGUUGA